AUGAAGCUGAACGGAGAUCUACCAGGGAGCAGCGCAUCCUGCGGUGGAGGUCUUUCGGACUUCAAGGAGGAGAUUUGGCGUGGUCGGCACGAGGUGAUGAGGCGGUGGAACUCUCACAUGCAGGCAGUUGCUCAGACCGCCGCCUCGCUCCACCCCCUUGCACACCUGAACGUGGUCAACAGGAGUGUGCUGGAGUAUUCCUUUCGAGUCCCAGCGUUUGGGAAGCAAGAGGAGGAGGAGGAGGAGGAGGAGGAGGAGGAGGAGGAGGAGGAGGAGGAGGAGGAGGAGGAGGAGGAGCCGCUUGCGCAGUUCAUGUGCAAGGGCACUCUUGCGCCGUUUGUCUGUGCCGAGGUAAUGAUUCUCGAGUGGAUGGCUGAGCCUCGUGUGGGCGUGCUCAUGGACCUGGGGAAAAUCAGAUCCCGCCUGCCUGCCAUUCUGGCCAUUCCUGCUGCAUCUGCUCUACCUGUUGCUGCUGUUCAUUCUGCUGUGUGGACCUAUUGCUGGCGUUGCAGCAGCUGCUGGGCUGCCUACCGCCGUGCUGUCAGCUUUGCUGCCUUCCUUGUGCUUGUAGCAAGAUUGCCCCGAAUCGACACGCUAUGGAAAGCUCAUGCUAAUAUUGAUGAUUUGGUGUACCCAGCUUUGGUGGCUGAGCUGGGGGCGGGCAGGCAGGAGGAGUAG